ACGGAGCAGGCAAUUCGGUCUGCAUUCAGUUCAUCCGAGACUCAGAGCCCCGGCGUCUGUCGUCUAAACAUUAAAAGCAAAUAUGUCUGACUUCACAGAAGACCAGAUCAUGGAAUUUAAAGAGGCCUUCCUUUUGUUUGACCGGACGGGUGAGGGGAAGAUCACCUACAGCCAGUGUGGAGAUGUGAUGCGAGCCCUGGGACAGAACCCUGUCAAUGCUGAGGUGCUCAAAGUUCUGGGCAACCCCAAGUUAGAAGGCAAGCCUCUUAACUCUCAUUUACCCCCCGCAGAGAUGAACCACAAGAUGCUGGACUUUGAGCAGUUUCUGCCCAUGCUGCAGGCCAUUGCUAAAAACAAAGACCAGGGCUCCUUUGAAGACAUUGUUGAAGGUCUGCGUGUGUUUGACAAGGAGGGGAAUGGCACAGUGAUGGGAGCAGAGUUGCGCCAUGUCCUCACCACUUUAGGUGAAAAAAUGACAGAGGAAGAAGUUGAGACUCUCUUGGCGGGACAUGAAGAUGCCAAUGGCUGCAUAAACUAUGAAGAGCUUGUCCAAAUGGUGAUGAGCGGUUGAGGGUUUCAGACACACUUCCAGCUUUAGUUUUUUCCUUCAUAUUAUUUUGUAUUGUUGAUCAUAUCUUGCCCCUCCAUCCAUGUCAUCCUACCUCCAACAAGUCUGUUCUGUUACUGUAAACCUUUUUUUUGUGCCUUUGUUUAAUGUGAAGAGCUUCUUUCAUCUCAUUUUCCAAGCAUAAUUCAUCCUUGCAGGCACAAUCAAUAAUGCUCCCCUAAUGGGGUUUCUGUCAGCUUCCCAAGUCUUGUUGUCUUUUGUUUUGGAUGGAAAUGAUAAUGUGACAUGCUACAUUACUAAAAAAAAUGUAUUGAGUAAAAGUGCUAAUUUACACAUUUGGUUUGAAUUAUUUUUAUAGUCGUUUCAUACCUCGCAACACAAUAUGUUUUCAGGCCACGGGCACAUAAAAAAACAAAACAGAACAGUAUAGUAUUAAUAAACUGACAGAAAUGAUCAAAUGAUACAUUUUGAACCAUUAAAAGAUAUGUUCACAUUAGCUAACUGAUCACAUGAAUAUCGAAGAUAAAGCGAGUAAUUGAGAGCCGUGUAACCCCACAGGAAAUUUACAUAAAAAUGGCGGGAUACACCAAGCAUUUAAAGAUGGACAACUUAUUAAGUAAGACAGGCUGUUUCAUGCUUUUAUGUGUGUAUGUAAACAUAUCCCAGAGGGGUAAAGUCAGAGCAAUGGAACAUCUUCCAAACUCUUUUGCUGACCUGAUUUGUCUGCCAACGGACACGGGACAGAUCCAAACACACGUGGCUGCUCCUCCUGAGCAUUAUAGGAGUCGGCUGGUUCAGCUCUUAAAGAGUUCAACCAGCAGUGCAAGCUGGAGCUUCAGUGAGAAGGUCCAGCAGGUCUGAGACUGCAGGAGCGCCAGUUAUGAACAAAACUGUCUCAGAACCAGAACGUAUCACAUAAACGUCUUAUGCUUCUUUGAGAGGCAAGUUUUCAUACUGAAACUUUACUUGCUGAUGUCAUGUUUCACACAAAAAACGUCCUACUUUUUGGACUUCAGCAGCAGCCACAUCGUGUCAACAUGCCUGGAUUAAAAGUGAAUACCUACCGAUUCCUCGUUUGAUGUCACAAACCCUGUGCUGCUGGCUGACAAACCACUUAGCAGAUCGGCUCUUCACAUCUUUAUUUUUCCUCAAACAUUUCGUAAUUAAAACCUGUUUUUUGACAUUUUUAAUAGAAAGUGUCAGCACUAAUUUGAUGAUGUACAGAGGAAAAACAGAUUUCUACCAUAUAAUAACGUAACUGCAGCUACCUUCAGCAAAGUGGAAAACGUACAGAAACCAAACAGACACAUUUCAUAUCACAAAAUCCACACAAUGUAGUAAUAACACAGAUAAAAGAAGUCCAUUUAUGCUCACAACUGUGGUGAGGACUGCAAUACUGGCUUGACAGACACUGACUUCAAAGUUUCACCAUCCGACUGGAUUAUAUUUCAUGAUGCUGACGUGACGUGCCGAGUGCUGAAAGAAGCAUGUUUUACAAAAUUCUUCAUACAUGGUGAACACACCACUGAUGGCACUUUGAAAUAAAAAAACUGAGCGGUAAUAAGGUUGAGAGAUCUCAAUGGCAUGCGUUCACGUACACACAUGAUCACAGUCACAACUCAGACAGAUCCGGCAGAACUGUCCAGAACAGACACAGCAAUGGAGAGGGUAAAUACAGAAUACAAAGGUAAUAGUAUACAGUUACAAUGUUGACAAUACAAAGAAAAAAAAGGAUGUAAAAAAUAUAAAAAUGGAGAGGAUAAAAAGUGAGGACAUUGUUGCAAAUAUUAAAGACACAAUUCUCCAUUGUAAGCUGUUUUAAGGUGCUCCCUUCUUUGUUUUCUUUUUUUUUUAAACAGCUUUAGCAUAUUUUCCAUCUUUAAUGUAAAAUGCACCAGCAAAAAAAGAAAGAAAAAAAAAAGCUGCUAAAAAUUGUAUUUGCUUUCCAAGCAAUGAUAGUAAAACUCACAGAAUAAAUGUGAGAUAAACAUGAUUAUAAAAACUGUUUGGUUAAGCAGGUAACACAGCAUCCAAUUGUGAGCAGAAUUUGUGGCUGACAGGAUUACAGCAUUAUUACAAGAUGUUCUCCAUCAGCCACUCGGGUCGAAUCCGACUACAUUCGUCGCUAAACUACAGCCUGGAUGAUAAGAGCUCAUCCACACCGGGAAUAUUUAGACUGUAAGUGCUGCAGAAAAGCGCUGGAAACCAACUUCAUAAGAUAAUCGAGGAGAGGUCUUUUCAGGACCUCAAGCUGUCAGUACUUUCAAAUAUUUCCCAUAGUUUCACAGCAGGGUAACAAAACUGUGUUCGUAACAGCCAAACCAUUUACAGUACACUUCCUGUUACUCCAUCCAAGUUAAGUUCAUGUAAUUUCAAAGUGGCAACUUUGAUUAAAACAUUUUCCUUCAUUACAGACUUUCUAAUCAGUCCCGAUCCUGUGGAGUGACCACUUGUCCAUGUAACGCAAACAAAAGGACAGCAUAAACUAACAUUUCUGAUUAAACAUUAAAAAAAAUUCUGUAAGAAAAAGUAUUUUAAAAAAAAAAGAACAAAUAAAAAAACAAACAUAUAAGUGCUAAGGUUCAAAUUGAUGGAUGCUUCAAGUCUUUCAAUUAGACCUUGGGAAACAUAUUCAAAGUGCUUUUUUUUUUUUCAUUCAUGUAUCUCAUUACGUACCUACAGUACAUGGAGGGGGAAUAUGGACAGAUUAUGAAGUGUGAAACUUCAACAGCUGGGAUCAUUGUUGCAGGGAAAUAAAUGCAACAAUUUCCAAAACACUGAGAACAUGAGAUGAGUCUUUUCUCUUCGUCUCUAUGAGUGCUGGCAUGUUGGUCAGAGCAUCUCCGUUUACCAAAUCUCCAGUAUCAGCAUUAUAAUGUGACUUGAGAUGUUGCUGUCCAGUCAUCCACACAGGGUGACAAUCCAUCCUCUUCAAGAGGUGAUUCAGUCUGAAAAAGACUUGUUUUUGAGCAGUCAAGAAAGGUGGACUGAUUAAUGUUCAUUUUUGUAACACAUCAAUUGUCUUCUUGGACACAAACAAAUAAAAAGUAAAGUAAAAAAAAUAAAAAAAUGUAACAUGUGUUUCUUCAGUUGAUGAUUUCUUCAUUUCAGAUGAUCCAGGCAGGGUUUGAAGUGGUCAGUCAUUUGGAUUCUCGGGCUAUUCUAAUUUUUUGUUCUCACUGCGGUGGGGGGACGGGAGCUGAAGGGUGGAGUGUCUCCCCGGCCAGAGGAGCGCUGGGCUC